AUCAAAUGAACCGUAGGCGCUUUACGUCAAACGACAAAAUUCGAUAGACUCCGAAUUUUGAGUUAGUCACAGAAAUUAUUGAUUUAUAAUAUCUGAUUUUUGCAGCAUGCUGGCCUUAGCUAACCGGAACAAGCCGACACCGGAGAUCAGCGCCUGCAAGGCCAUAAUCAGAAACAUGUUCUCCAAGAAAUACAAGGGCCUGGCCUGGAUAUUCUACGAGCCCGUUGAUGCCGAUUUGCUGGCUUUGUACGACUAUCAUCAGAUCGUGAAGGAGCCCAUGGAUUUGUCGACCGUCAAGUAUCGCCUCAACUCGAACUUCUAUGCAAAUGCCGCUGACUUUGCACGCGAUGUACGCCUAAUAUUUUACAAUGCCUACGUGUAUACGUGUCCCGGUCAUUUGUGCUAUGACAUGGCCAAGAAACUGCAGCUAAUUUUUGAGGAUAUGUAUGCUAAGGUGCCGCUGCACAAUAGCUCGAAUGACAGCUGCCGUUGGUCGGACUCCUCUUCGGAGCAGGACAGUGACGAUCAUGACGGAUGCAGCAGCUCGUCAACUCAGUCCAAGGACAGCAGCGUGGCUUAUACCACGUUCAAUACACAGCUGCGCCAGGAGGACGUGUUCAACGAGUGGAAGGAGGAGCACGAGCUGCCAAUGUCCACCGAAGAGGACCUGGAAUUGCAUAUAAGAGUGCAGCAGUUGGAUGGCGUCAUGCUGUUGAACGUCAUACACAUGAUACGCCAAAUGGAGGGCAUGAAUUUUGGGUAUGCCAACAAGGAAAUCGAGUUCGACGUGCGCAACCUCAAGACGAACACAAAACGCUCCAUCUUGGCCUACAUGGCCAGCAGGGGUAUAACCGGCAAGCGGGUCUCUCGCGUAAAGAAAAACUACUAAUUUAAUAUUGAUUGU